AUGAGCUCUUACUUUGUAAACUCGUUCUCAGGGCGCUAUCCAAAUGGCUCCGACUAUCAGUUACUAAAUUAUGGGACUAACGGCGCUGUGAGCGGCUCCUUCAGAGACCCUGGCACCAUGCACUCCGGGUCCUUCGGCUACAACUACAAUGGCAUGGACCUUACGGUGAACCGCACCAACACCGGCGGCCACUUCGGGGCCGUGCGGGAGGAUGCCCGGGGAUUCGGGCCGGACGCCCGCUACAGACAGACGUCCAACUGCUCGCUCUCGUCCCCGGAUCCGGUGCCGGCGUCGUGCGCCUCGGCCGGCCGGGAGUCGCUGGAACUAAAAAGCCCCUCUCCCCCGUCCGACCGGGGCGCGACCUCGGGCGGCAUCGCGCUGAACAAAAGCAACAACGCUCAUUUCACGGAGAUCGAGGACCAGACCGUGGCGUCCGAGACCGAGGAGGGCGCGCACAGCAGCGGCGGAGGCGGCGGCGGUGGCUCCGGCGCGGCACCGAGGGCGCAGCAGCAGCAGCACCAGGAACCCAACGCCACCUCCUCCACUCCCACAUCUAACGAUUGCCAAACGCCACAAAUAUUCCCCUGGAUGAGGAAACUGCACAUAAGCCAUGAUAUGACUGGACCUGACGGGAAAAGGGCCCGAACCGCGUACACCCGGUACCAGACGCUAGAGCUGGAGAAAGAGUUUCACUUCAAUCGGUACCUCACCCGCCGGCGGAGGAUAGAGAUAGCCCACGCCCUGUGUCUCUCCGAAAGACAGAUCAAAAUCUGGUUUCAGAACCGCAGGAUGAAGUGGAAGAAGGACAAUAAGCUGAAGAGCAUGAGCCUCGUGACGGGAGGCAGCGCCUUCCACAACUGAAGAACUUUUUUUGGGGGGGGGGACGACGGGGGAAAAGUGUUUAAAAAAAAAAAAUGAAAAAAAAAAUCAUAAUGAGAAUUAAAAUUAAAAAGAAAACAUAAAAAAAAGAAAAGAGAAACCAAGAAAAAUAAAUCCAUGAGUGCUGUAAAGCUUUUGAAAGCGCAGCACCUUCCAGCAUGUUAUUGUGAUAGAAGAAGAUGAAGAUGAAGAAGAAGAAGAAGUAUUCCGUGGUGUUAAAAUGCCAUAUUUUCAGUUGACUGUCGUGUUAUGAUUAGCUUAGAUGUGAAAGAAGAUGUAAAUAUUACUGGGGGUAUUUCUUGUCCUUGCUCUUUGCUCUCUCUGUCUCUUGAAGGUGUUUCAACUUCAGCUCUUUAUUGUGACUUGUUGACGGUCUAACAGGAGUAACAUCCAUUGUACAGUUAAAAAAAAUAACAAAAUACGAGUAAAAAAAAAUAAGGAGGAAAAAGGAAUAAGUUUCCAAAACCAUAUGCUGCUCUUCAUUGAAUGUAAUGUACCCGGAGGCCAUUCAACGCGCUUUAGUGUAACUUUUACUGCUCUUUCGAUGCUUAACGUCCAUAAACCUUCAUAAACAAGCCGAUGUGUAGCUCUAGGACCUUUCGUGCAUCUGUUAUUAUUGUUUAGAGCUAAUUAUGAGCAAUGCAAAUGUACCCGAGCUGUCAAAUGUGAUGAAUUUUUAGUGCAAAGGGUUCUUCUGUGGCGGUGGUGUGAGCUGUUUCCUUCCUUUUCCUGGUGUUUCCUCGCCAGUGAGCUUUUUGUAUUUGUGAGUGAACUCAUAGCGCUUGAAAAAAAAUAAAA